AGAGCGUGAACGGCUCUGUGUUUCAUAACCACUGCUAGGAAUUGCCACCAGUGCUGACCUGUUCUGGCCCUGUUAUUUCUCCUCCUGACAGCAGAAAUGGGAGAUGUUCUGGGGCUGGAAUGUCAUUGCUACUGACAUCUGCCUGCACACUGACACAGAGAAGUCUCCACCACAGAAUCAACACAGUGACAUUGCCUCAAAGUGCUCUCAGGGUGAGGGAUGAGGACACAGGGACUGAUCCACUUUUACCUGACAGUGGCAUCUAUUUUACAUGGAAUUCUGGGCUUGUGCUUAAGUAGCCAAAGAUGAGUCGUGGAUUCUCAGAAAACAAUAACUUCCCCUAUGACAACAACCAAAUGGUUUUGGAUAUGAUCCUGUGUUCCCUCAUUGGUGUUCCUCAGCCUAUCAACUGGGACAGUGUGGCAAGGCUAGUUCCAGGAUAUACAUCCAAAGAAUGUGCAAAAAGAUUUGAUGAGCUAAAAAGCAGUGGAAGUUCACCUGUUGACAACCAGUAUAAUCCCCUGAUGGCUGCUGGUGGGAGUCCUGUGGAAACUUUAGCUACGUACAUCAAAUCCUCCUUGCUCGAUUCACAGACAGAAUUUCAGGAGCCUGCUAUUGGGCAGGAUUCCAUUACUAUAACUGGAAGGCCCAGUGCAGCCUCCACAAGGAGUUGUUCUUCAGAAUCUGAGAAAGAUCCUGUACAUAACAGUGGAGAAAGCACUGAUGAAACCCAGGGGCCAAAUAUGGUGAUCCAUGUGUGCGAUGAAGCCAAAAACCUCAAAGAAGAUUUCGUAUGUCCUCGAGAUCUUUUGAUUUCAGAGAUGAAAUACUUUGCUGAGUAUUUGUCAGUGGAUGCCCAGCGCUGGGAGGAGGUGGACAUAUCUGUGCACUGUGAUGUUCACAUCUUUGACUGGCUGAUAAGAUAUGUCAAAAGAAACUCCAAGAAGUCUGAGGCUAAUGAAAUGCCUACUUUAGAACCAUCAAAUGUCAUCUCAAUCCUUAUUUCUUCUGAGUUUCUGAAGAUGGAUUCAUUAGUAGAGAAAUGUAUUCAUUAUUGUCACAAAAAUAUGAAUGCUAUUGUAGCCACGCCAUGUAACAUGAACUGUAUCAAUGCUAAUCUUGUUACACGCAUUGCUGAUCUCUUCAGGCACAAUGAGGUGGAAGAGUUGAAGGACAAAAGAGACAAAUUUAAGAGUAAACUUUUCUGCAAGAAGAUUGAGAGACUCUUUGAUCCGGAGUAUGUAAAUCCAGAUUCUAGAGGAAAUGCAGCAACUUUAUACAGGUGUUGUUUAUGUAAAAAGUUGCUAACCAAAGAAACUGAAAGGAGAAUUCCUUGUGUACCAGGAAAAAUCCACAUAGACCAACAUGGGAAUAUUGUCUAUGUUCAUAUAAGAGACAAAACCUGGGAAGUGCAUGAGUAUUUAAUUGGCCUUCAUGAGGAAAUGAAAUCCUGGCGGGAUGUUUAUUGGCGUCUUUGGGGGACCGUCAACUGGUUGACCUGCUCAAGAUGUAACCAGUCUUUCCUGUGCACUGAAUUUUCCCACUGCCAGUACCAUUUGCAGCCAGUUCUUUAUCCAGGUGUAGCGAGUGCUCUGGGCUCAACUGGCACAGGAGUGUAUCCCUGUUGUAACCAAAAAGUUCUUCGGUUUGACCCUACAACCCUCCCAAAGGGCUGCAAAGUGAGGGAUCAUAUGGUGGAAUUACCUCCAGAAAGUGAAGAGGGGCAUGCUUUGCCAUUGCAAACUGCUCAGAUCUUGAAUGAUCUGCUGCAUCAUAGAGAUGUUAUAGUUGUUCCUUUCACUAAGGAUGAGAAUAGCGAUUCUGGUAUUGGGCUCGGUGAUGACAAAGGCCUUGAAUGUGAUGUGCUUGUAGAACCAAAUGCACCAUGGGGCCCCAAAACUGGAGAAAUCAAUGCUUUUUUAUCUCUGAAGAACUGGACUUUGCAGCUGAAGCAGCAAUCACUGUUAUCUGAAGAGGAGGAGUACACCACAGGCUCAGAGGUCACAGAGGAUGAAGUGGGGGAUGAAGAAGAAGUGUGCAAGAAACCAGCAGGAAGAAAGGAGAAAUUAAAGAAAUCCUACAGGCACCCAAAGAAAGCAGUUUCUUCACCUAGUGUUCAGAAAAGGGAGAAGCCAUCUGAUAAGUCAAGUUCCCGAGAUGCUUCUCCAUUCAUUGUGAGCAUGCAGCAGAACAAAUGGGAUGCCUCCAGGUCCCUGAGAUACAACCAAGAUGCUCAAAGAGAAGAUGAUCAGAGAAGAAUGUCUGAGAUCACAGGGCACUUAAUAAAAAUGCGACUAGGAGACCUUGAUCGAGUCAAGUCCAAAGACAGCAAAGAAUAUGCAGGAGGCAUUUAUUCUAGACUUGAAGCUCAGAUAAAAGCCUCAGCACAGGUCAGUGCACGUCAAAGCAAUGCUGAGAAGAAUCCCAGGACAAAAAACCGUUUUGGUCAAGGCCGUCCGACAUAAGGAGUUAUGGACAUGCUUUAGCCAGAACUCAUUACUGCUUCCUGAAACUCCAUUGCACUCUGACAUAUUGAGAAUGCACAUCUCUGAAAGCUUUCCAGUGACUUAUUUAUUACUUUAAGCCUUGUAAAUUAUUUUGUGUUAUAAAUGAAUGCAAACCCAAUAAGGUCUGUACUUAUUUUAAUUGUAAAUAUAUUAUUGGAUAAAGUUAAAUUUGAUUGCUUUUUUUUUUUGCUAUUGUGUUAAGUUGCAUAGAAGAUAUUUUAUAAAUCUACAAAAUUAAAUUAUCAGACUAACUUUAUUUAUGAGGGAAGAUACAAAUAUGCUUUUUGUAUGCUAGAAAUACUGAAAAGGAAAAAGCAAGACUACUGAAUUCUGAAUGCAGUCAGCAGCAUUAACCCAAGUCUUGUUGUGUACUUAUACCGUGUUGUAUUUGAUGGUACAUUUUAGGUCAGUCUUGUGGGGAUUUGCAUUUAAAGUCCAUGACAAAUACCUGUGACUUAGAAAAUUUUUUAUGCAGUUCUGAGGCUUCCUUGUGUACAUCACACAACUCCCACUCCUCUGAAGGUGGGUAGCAGGUAGGGAUUAGACCUCCAAAGAUGCUCUCAGUGCUGUGAUGGUGCAGCAUUGCAUCUUGCAUGUGAACCGCUUGCUUUUCUUGUAAAUGAAAUCUGUACCCAUCCCCAUUCCUGACCCCUCCUGCACAGGACAAUGCUUUGUUCCCUUCUAAAACCCAAACCUUGUGAUGCAAAGCAGUUCAUUCUCUAACUGAUGCUAUACCACUAAAUUUCUGAGCAGAUUAGUAACGCUGCAUCUUUCAACACAGAUGUAUCAUUGCAAAGGCUUGUGGAUGUAGAUCUUUUGGGUCUAAUUACUCCCUGAAACCUGCCUGAUUAACACUGUUUAGAAGUCAGAUGAACUUUCAAGUUCUAUAUUUGGAGCAAUAGACCACAAAUCCAGGGCUACCAAAA